CACAAGACAUCCACCAUUGGAUCAUCAGCUGCAUUCACAUACAGCGCAGACAUGCCUUGCAAACUCUGGCUUGCUCUGUCAUUGUGGCUUUUGCUGCCAAGCUCUGAAGCUGGAAGGCAGAUGCCUAAACUCUCUGAGAAGAAACUCUGCGCUGACUCUGAAUGCAGCCAUCCAAUCUUGAUAGCUCGUGCAAUGCAGGACUACUACCCUGGAGACUGCAGGUUCAUCCCCAUCAGACAGGGCCAGCUUGUCUAUGUCUAUGCAAUGCUAAAAGACAGAGGGAACCUCUUCUGGGCUGGCAGUGUACAAGACUCCUAUUAUGGACAGCAGGAGGCUCGCAUUGGCCACUUCCCCAGCAGUGUAGUGGAGGAGACGCAUCCUCUCAUGCCAGCCAGCACCGAAGUCAAGACGACUAAAUGGGACUUCUACUGUUACUGAGAAAGAAAACAGCUCUCUCAUCAACUACGCUGCAAGAUAACUUCUGUUUUGGUAUCAUUACACACAUUGUUGACAAUAUAUAUGGAGGUUUGUGUAUCCACACUGUUUUAUAAUCAGCACCUUAGAAGAUAUGUGUAACAGCUCUUCACAGCAAUAAAUGAUUCUUGUAAUCAAUCAUCGCUGCUUAACAACCUAUAUUUGACUUCUUGUGUCAGUCA